AUGGAUCCAGUUGAUUCGAUUGAAUUAGUAAGGGAAGAGACCGAUGACUCGAUCGAAGUGUCGGAUGAAGAUGAUUAUAAUUUAACAGAUGUAUCAGAUGACGGUGCUGAUAGUUCAAUAAACGUAUCAGAUAAAGACAAUGAUUUUUCAGUAGUAGUAUCAUACAUAGAUGCCGAUAUUUCAUCCAAUGAUGAUUCCAGUUAUGAAAAUAGUAUACCAGACGAUGAGCUAAAAAUUCGUAAAGAAUUUGAAGAAGCUGAUAACCUAAUUCCCCAAAUUGCUACAGCAACUUAUUCUGGUUCACAUCCAGAAGCUGUAUGGACGAGUCGUCUUUUAUACUUUCCAGAUCUUGCAGACAAAUUAUCGAAGCUGACGCUUUAG